GUGGGAAAAUCAGUAUUGGCAGAAUUGUCAGCUGGUGGUGUAUAGAAAUAGUUGGAUGAGCAAGUGGAUUUGGGAUUGUAUAAAAUUAAAUAAUUUAUGGAAAAUUUAUUAACUUCAACAUAAUUAACUGAUAAUAAAACUGUGUAAAAGCUAUAAAAUUUGUGUAAGAAUAAUUUGCGAGCAUUUUGACGCUACGAAACAAAUAUUUGAAAUAAAGCAUUUCAACAACAAAAAUCAGCAAACUAAAACCACUACAACGGCAGGGCUUUUCUGAGGCACGUGCUGAGAAAUCGGUUGCUGUAGCUGUUGUUGCUUUGUCUGGUCCACCAACUCAUUGCACCGAUUUCUCAUUUUCACCUGGAGCGACAGCGGCAUAAGACACCCUUGCAUAUACAGUUAAAUAAAUAUUUCCGAGCUGUCACUCACAAGCCGAAGUCUUACACGACAACUGACGCACGCCACAACGACUUUUCCAGCGCACACUACUUGGCUGCAGAAAUCAACUGAAGCGCUUCUGGCGAAGGCGACCUUGAGAUUUGGUGCAUUUGGUGUAGACGGUGACGUGGAAGCACAAUAAAGUUAUUGUAAAAUGUCCUCACCCAGCGCUGGUAAGCGACGCAUGGACAAUGAUGUCAUCAAGCUAAUUGAAUCCAAGCACGAAGUCACCAUUUUGGGUGGCCUAAAUGAGUUUCAUGUGAAAUUUUUCGGACCACAUGGCACACCCUAUGAGGGUGGCGUAUGGAAGGUGCGCGUCUACCUGCCCGACAAUUACCCAUUCAAAUCGCCAAGUAUAGGGUUCGUGAAUAAAAUCUACCAUCCGAAUAUCGACGAAUCGUCCGGCACGGUGUGCCUGGACGUGAUCAAUCAGGCUUGGACCGCACUAUAUGAUCUCUCAAAUAUAUUCGAAUCAUUUCUACCACAAUUGCUGACAUAUCCGAAUCCGGUUGAUCCGCUGAAUCGUGAUGCAGCGGCGUUGUACUUGCACGAACCGGAGGAGUAUCAUCGCAAAGUGGCCGACUAUGUGCAACGCUACGCCACCGAGGAGGCGUUGCGUGCAGCGCAACAGGAGCGAGAGAGCAGCGACAGCGAAUCGAGCAUGUCGGAUUAUAGUGAAGACGAAGCCCGUGAUAUGGAAUUAUAAUAUCGGUUUAUGGUUAAGCUAAUUAUAUGAAUUUGAAUUACAUUUAAAUAAAAACAAAUACAAAAAUAUAACAAAAAAGCAAAAAAACGAUACAAAUACAUAUACACGUUC